UGCAUUGUGGGAAAAAUUAUUUAUAGGUCAAGUUUACAAAUAGUUAUAGGAAGGUGACGAAAAAGGCGUUCAAAACUGAAGAAAAUUGCAGAUGACAUUGAAUACAAGGUUCCAUUAGUGAUUUCGGGGAUUUUAUUUCAACAAAAGAGAGAAACCGAAGCCAUUGUUUAUUCACUGAGCAACGAAUAGCGAUUUUUGUUUCAAAUUUGUUUACAAUCAUGGAGGAUCUAGAGUUCUGUGAUUUUGACGUAAUCCGAGUUGAAAAUUUCUCAUCGUACUUAUCAAGCAAAGACAAUUCGAAGAAGAUGCUUUUCUUUUCGCACCCCAAAAGUUUUUUGAAGAACUUAAGACUUCCGAGUAGUAUUGUGUCUAGUGUGUACUAAAUUGAGUUUUUCACUUUUCAUUGUUCAUUAUUUUAACUUUUAAGUUUACAGGUUUUGAUUUAUUCUUGACAAUCAAAUAUGAAGUUAUUAGAGAAUUCUCGAUUUGAGCAGAUUAACUCUGCUCUAAACAUGCAGCUAGAAACCUCCAGGAUUGAGGGCAGGAUUGAAAGCUACUCAUGUAAGAUGGCCGGGAAUGACAAGAAGCUGUUCAAGCUGAUCAGUCAGGAGGGUGGGGUUGGACCGCUGGACCUCCAGGCCCUGUCCCCCCCACAAACCGUGCUGUCCCACAGCCCCUCCAAAUACAGCAAGAGUUUUGGGUCGGUGGAGAGCGAGGGCUAUCUGUGUGACACGAUUCCAACCAAAACACUCUUCUACCUGAUUUCUACACUGAACGCCUCCUUCAAUCCAGACUACGACUUCAGUAAUGCCAAAAGUGAGGAAUUCAGCAGAGAGCCAAGCAUUGAUUGGGUGGUGAACACGGUGGAUACACAGCUGGAUGCCGCGGCCGGGGAGUUGUUCUCAGGGCUCAAACAGACUUUGUGGGCAGCAAUUGAUGAGGAAAUCAAUCUCCAGGACUGUGAAAUCUACAGUUAUAACCCAGACCUGAUCUCGGACCCCUUUGGGGAAGAAGGCAGCAUUUGGUCAUUUAACUACUUCAUGUACAACAAAAAACUCAAGAGAAUUGUUUUCUUCACCUGCAGAGCGUACAGUGUCUCUGCCCCCUAUAAUAGCGACUCCGGGAUCGGCCAGGACAGUGAGCUGUUUGAUUACUCUGACACCAUGGAGUUCUCCCAGGAGUGAGUGCCUACUGCUGGUGGUCUGUCUGUCUUGAUCUCUUUAUGGAAUGACAUGUUUAAAACCAUCGAACAUCGGAGAGUUGUCUAUCCUCAAUUCUCAUUGUGCAGGGGAACAUUCGAAAAGUGUUUGUUAGAUUUUUACCUGUCCAGUGUCUGUGUAGAACUAGUUUUACUGAUGUUUCCUGGGCCACAAACGGGGUGUUUUAAUGUAAACUUGUUAUUUUUAUCUGUUUUAGGACAAAUUCAUAAAAAUAUUCACAUUUGUUUUUAUGUCAUCUUUCUUAACUCAUGUCUAUUUCCUUGUCUUUCUGUUGCUCUAAAAAUGUGUACAUAAUGUACAUAUGAUUUUUAGUCUAAAAAAAUACUUGUGCAAGUUGGAGACUAUUUGUUGUUAUGUUUAAAUUUGAAACAUUUUUGUAGAGUUUAGCUUUUUUUACUGAAAUCUAUUUUUUCUAUUCUUAUCCUUUUUUGCUUUGUUUAGAUUAGUUGUUGUUGUUGACUAUUUUCAUUGUGUACAUAUGUUCUGUUUAAGACAGAAAUCCACUAGAUAUACAUGUAGUUAAAUUGAUGUACCCGGUAUAUAACAGUAGCCCUAAAAUGUGUGAGGGAAAAUGUACCCACUUCAGAAUUCAGUGGAAAAAGCAAGAAGAAUUGAAACAUAAGUGAUGGAAAAGAUAUUAAGUGAUCUUGCCAAGGGAUGAAAAAAGCAGCAUGUUUUGUUCUGUAUGUGGCGUGUUUCUCUAGCAAUGAGAUUAGAAACAGUUGACUUGUAUGCCUUUAAUGCCUAAGUUUGAUUUCUUUUUGGAGAAAUCUCUCAGGGGUCUCCGGGUAGAUUCUGUAUCUUGCAGUGGUUACUGACUUGUGAUGACAACACAGUAAUAGGAUUUCUGUGGAAGAAGACAAAGUGUACAAAGCAAGAUUAUUUCUGCAGAAGAAAGUGAAUUAAAUGGGACACAGACGAAUGAGGCCUGAAUACAAGUGUCGUGAUAUGGACAUGACAAAAGAGCAUUGUUUUCUCCACACAAUUUUGUGAUGUUCUGUUAAGAAACAGCAAUCAAUUUGAUACGGAAACAGGAUAUAAAGAGACAAGGGCUUUCUGCAAAAUGAAUUGUACGUGCAUAUAUAGAGCUCUGUUUUAUACGGUAUUGCUACUUGUUGAGAGUUUUCUUUGUAAUUUCCCUUUUUCUUUGUUAGAACUACUCAAUGAGCCCUGUAUUCAUAGGCUUAAAUGAUGUACACAUACAUGUAUCAGAACCACUCACCAUCAAUCAAUAAAAUUGUUUUUAUUUUAAA